AUGUCUUUUCAGAUCGUUUCGGCGAUUCAAAUCGCUUAUGAUCCCUCCUCCGACCCAAAUCUCAAACGCCAGGCCUUUGACUAUGUCAAUCAAUUGAGGCAAGAGCCUUCAGCAUGGCAGCCUUGCCUGGUCAUCUCUCUUCAGGUACCUCGCCAACCUGCAGUCAUCCGAGUUUUUUGCCUUGAAGUUGUCAACAACGCUGUACAAGCGGGGCUGGUGGAUCAGCAAGACUUGAAGACCACGAAAGAGCAGAUCAUGACAUACUUACGAGAAUUCUAUGGCGGGUCUGUUGCGGGGCAAGACGAGACUCCAGACUCUUUGUCGAUUGUGAAAAAGCUUGCUCAAACCGUCACGUUUCUCUUCUCCGCCCUUUACGGCUCCGGGUGGGAAUCCUGCUUUGAUGACUUGUUGGCUCUUACCACCACCCAGACAGGCUCUCGGGACAACUAUCCCGGGGUCAUUUUCUAUCUCACGGUUCUCAACUCCAUCCACGACGAAAUUGGCGACCAACUUCUGUCCAGGUCUCGCGCUGAACAGGAUCGUGCGAAUACCCUGAAAGACCUCAUCCGAGAGCGCGACGUCCGGAAAAUUGCACGCUCAUGGGAAGAGGUUCUGACUCACUGGGGGACCUCUAACGACGAGGUGGCAGAACGAUGUUUGAAGGCUGUGGGCAAGUGGAUCAGCUGGGUUGAUAUCUCAUUCGUGGUCAACCAGUCAAUGCUGGCGCUAUUGUCCCAGCAGCUGGAACGGGCUCAGAGAGAUGAUCUUGAGUUUGGCGUGGAGGAGCCUCGAGAUGCCGCCGUUGACGUACUCACCGAAACCGUCGCCAAGAAAAUGCCUGCUGCCGACAAGAUCAACAUGAUCACAUUCCUCAACUUAGACACUGUCGUCUCUCAACUCGUCCGUUCUCCUCCCCUGAGGGACAAUCGAGUAUCGAACUACGACGCUGAUUUUGCCGAAACUGUAGCCAAAUUGGUCAACACCACCGUGGUGGACAUUGUCAAGGUUUUAGAGACCGAGAGCCAGGACUCACCGACAUGGACAAGGGCCGAACAACUGCUGGGGACUUUCAUUCCACACCUCCUUCGGUUUUUCUCAGACAUUUACGAUGAAGUCUGCUCCUCAGUGCUCAAUGCCGUGAACGAUGUUCUGACAUUUGCGCGCCGUGCAAACCGUGGCGAGUGGGCAACAGAUCGAAGAAAAGUCAUGCUCGUGCACACUCUUCAGGCGAUCUUCAUAAAAAUGCGGUACGAUGACACUUCAGACUGGGGCCAUGACAAUGAUCAAACGGACGAAGCAGAGUUUCAGGACCUGAGAAAGCGAUUGGGAGCAUUGCAGGCGGCCGUUGCCGCCGCCGAUGAGCAACUGUACAUUACGGCAAUCUCGACACUCGUUCGGAAAACAUUUGAACGCCUCCAGGAAGAAGGUCCGCAACUCAAUUGGAGGGAUCUGGACCUCGCAUUACACGAAAUUUAUCUGAUGGGAGACCUUGCCGUCAAAGGAGGCGGUCUCUAUCUGAAGAAUAAACCAAACUCUCCUGCUGAAGAACUCGUGGGUAUGAUGCUUCAAAUGGUCAAGUCAAAUAUCGGGUCGUUUAAUCACCCUGCCAUACAGCUGCAAUACAUGGAAAUCUGUGUCAGAUACAGCACCUUCUUUGAAAAACAAACGGAAUACAUCCAACCCGUCCUGCAGAAUUUCCUUCAACUUGCUCGUCAUCCCAACUUGAAGGUCAAACUUCGCUCAUGGUAUCUUAUUCACCGUUUCAUCCGACAACUGCGAACCCAGAUUGGGAAUGCAGCUGAAGCAGUCGUGCAAAGCCUGCAAGAUCUUCUGAUCAUACGAGCCGAGCUUCCAAACGAAUCGGAUGGAGAUGACAUGUCCUCAGAUGGUGAUUCGGCCACCGACUCGACCUUUACUAGUCAAUUGUAUCUAUUCGAAGCAGUGGGCUGCAUCUGUGGUUCCAUUACGGUCCCGCCGGAGAAACAAGUUCAAUAUGUGCAGGCUAUCAUGCAACCAAUUUUCUCCGACAUAGAGCGCAAUCUUGAGCCGGCCAGAACAGGCAAUGAACUUGCUCUCCUCCAAGUUCAGCACAGUAUCAUGGCCUUGGGCACCAUGGCUCGAGGCUUUUCCGAUUUUACUCCGGGAGGUAAUUCACAGAAUAGCGGAGCUGAACCAACGCCACAAGCGAAACAAGCAUUUGCGCAGGUCGCGGAAGUCACCCUUGUCUCUCUGACAGCGCUCAAAUCCUCUUUCCAAAUUCGGACGGCCGCAAGGUUCGCCUUUUCGCGCCUGAUUGGCAUGGUCGGCACCCAAAUGAUGCAAAACUUGCAUCGAUGGGUUGAAGGCUUAUUGACCGAAUCUUCGUCACGGGAUGAAAUGGCUCUUUUCCUCCGACUCUUGGACCAAGUGAUUUUUGGCUUCAAAAAUGACGUCUAUGAUUUCCUCGAUCGCCUAUUCUCAGGUCUUCUUCAGCGGGUGUUUGCUGGGAUAUCCGCGGCAACCUCUGGGACAGACGACGAAAUUGAAUUGGCAGAGCUGAAGCGAGAGUAUCUCAAUUUCUUGCUUGUCAUCCUGGGGAAUGACCUAGGCGCAGUCCUGGUAAGUGCUACGAAUCAGCCCAUUUUCGAAUCUGUGAUGAGUUCCAUCGAGCAUCUUGCAAGGGAUGUGGAAGAUUUCCCCACCGCCAAAAUGGCAUUCAUCCUUCUUUCCAGGAUGUGCAGUGUUUGGGGUGGACCUGACGUGAUCUCGGGCACGGGACAGGACAAAGAGACGGCAGCUGGUCCACAACCUGUUCUCCCAGGGUUUGAUCAAUUCAUGAUCAAUCGAUUUUCUCCGUUAUGUUGGGCGCUGCCAACCAAUCCAUCUUUCAAUAGCAGAGAUGCACAAGCUCGUCAAGCACUCUCAGAGGCUGCGGGUUUGCAAAAAACCAUUUACAUCAAAACAGGUCAGCAAUACUUAACUUGGCUGCAAGAAAAGGAGUUACGAACAAUGGGGAUGAAUGACACCAUGAUCAAUGAGUACCUGCAGAAGUUGGCGACCAUGGAUAUGAAGGCGUUCAAGACAUUUUUCCCCAAAUUCAUUGCACAAGGAGGGCAAAUGUGA